GAGAGGUUGCGUUCUCGCGGGAGGUUGCGACGCGCUCUCGCGCGACUCCGACUGGACUCGGCUCGACUCGGUCGUCGUCGGCACGGUGGUUCGUACGGUUGAACGAGGGCGCGCGAGCAAGCGAGGCGAACGUUCGUUCGUCCGUCCGUCCGUCCGGGCGGGUGUGUGUCGCGAUUUUGCUGCGCUGCUGCGUGCCUACGGCGCGGUGCGCGGCGACGACGGUGAAGGGUACCGCGAGCGGAAGGCACGGCCGUGGCUGCUAGGCGGGCGUAGGCGAGGUUCCGUGACGGCCGUUCGGUGGCGCAGCAGAAAUUCCCUGGCGCGGGUUGGUCAACGGGCAGGCGGUUGGUGUGCGUGAGUGUCUUCCCUCUCGCUCGCUCGCACUGCGCGCCGUCCAAGUGUGCGUGGCUCGCGGUGUGUCCGUGUGUACCGUACUCGGCCGCGUACGCGUAUCUGCCCCGAGAGUCCGUCCGCGCCUCGACUUGCUGACAUGGCGUCCUAGUGCCGCACACGGGCGAAGUCGCACGUCCUUUCCGCGCACCCAACGGGAAACGGAUUUCUCCACGCUUUUCAUCCCGGGUGGCGGUAGUGAUAGUCGUCGCCGCCGUUGUACUCAACCACGUCGUCGACGUCGAAAUCGCGAGGAUGCCAAGGUCACGAAUAAGACGGACACGAUAAUCCGCGGCCGAUGAGGAGCACAGCACGAGGACGAGUAGUAGAAGAAGAAGAAGAAGGAGCAGCAGCAGCACGAGCAAACACGAGCGGCUUCGUCGUCGAGGUGGAAGGUGGCGGCGCGGAAAAGCAAAAGGGACGACGAGGACGACGAAGUGGCGGCGGCAGUGGCAACGGCGGGAACGCGACCAACAGCCAGGUCCCAUGUUAGCGGACAUCAACGGCAAUUUGGCGGAUCUGAGAAGCGAAGCGAUGGCGUCGCAGAGGUUCUGUCUGCGCUGGAACAACCACCAGAGCAACCUGCUCUCCGUCUUCGACCAGCUGUUGCACGACGAGUCGUUCGUCGACGUUACGCUGGCUGUGGAGGGUCAGCUACUCAGGGCGCAUAAGAUGGUGCUGUCGGCGUGUAGCCCUUACUUUCAGGCCCUGUUCAUCGGUCACCCCGACAAGCAUCCUAUAGUCAUUCUGAAGGACGUGCCGUACGUAGACAUGCGCAGCCUGCUGGACUUUAUGUAUCGUGGCGAAGUAAGCGUCGAUCAGGAUCGGCUGACCGCGUUCCUACGGGUCGCCGAGUCCCUCAGGAUAAAGGGUCUGACGGAGGUGAACGAGGACAAGUGCGACCUGCCGAGCAUCACGUCGUCGCUGUUGGGCGGUGCUCAGAACACGGUACCACCGCCGCCACCGAACCUCCACCGGAUCAACCAGAUCGGUCCGCAUCACCACCACGUCUCACAGAAGAGGUUCCACCACAUGUCCAGCCACCCGCUGCUGGGCUCGGCGUUGACCGCGCCCAAGAGGAAGCGUGGCAGGCCGAGGAAGUUGAGCGGCUCGUCGGACACGCCGAUCGGCGAGGCCGCUGGCCAGGAUCUGCAGUCGUGCUCGGGCGCCGAUCUCGUCCAAGGCUCGCCGGAGAUGAUGGAGAUGAAAAUGGGUCUGGAUUUCCAGAGCGAAGCGAGCGGCAACGGCGUGAGGAGCGGCGGUCAAGCCGCGAGUGGCUCCUCGAACAGUGUGACGGGCUUCGCGACCGCCAACAAUCCCGCCGCCACGGCCUCCUCGGGCGCGUCGGCGAGGAAGGAUGAACCGACGGAAAACGGCACUGACACCCCGGAGCCGCCGCUGACGCGGGUCAAGCGAGAACCGGAACCGACGCCCAGUACCUCGGCGCAAGCCUCGGAUGAGACAUUCGCGCGACCGCACAGUAGACAAGGGAGUGAGGGCUUCAAGCAAGAACUGGAGGAGACGUCGAGCGGCGGCGGCGGCGGCGAUUGCGAGCCGCCGACUCACAUACGCAUCAACUUCGAGCGAUGCUUUCGCAAGGAGUUCAGCACGUCGACGUUGCAGGGUAAGGCCGCGGCCGCCGCCAUGUUCGACGAUCAGCAGCAACAGCAGCAGCAGCAGGUGCACUCGGACUCCGAGACCGAGGCGAAGAUGUCGAAGGACAGCAUAAGCAGUGCCAUAUUUAAUCUGGUGGCCGGCGAGGCGGAGAUCAGUCAGAGCGACUUCGAGGGCUCGUUCAAGGCGGAGAACGAGCGCACGGAGGGCUCGGUGCGGGACUUCUGCGUGAAGGAGGGCGACGUUUACCGGUGCACCGUGUGCCAUCGCACCUACACCCACAUCAGCAACUUCUGCCGGCACUACGUCACCUCGCACAAGCCUAACGUCAAGUACUACGCCUGCCCGGUCUGCUCCAAGGAGUUCACCAGGAAGGACAACAUGGUCGCCCACGUGAAGAUCAUACACAGCUACAAGCAGCCGAUGAGUCUCAGCAACAGCAGCGGCAGUAUGGGCCAACAGCCGCGGUAGACCGCCGCGUCCUCUCGUCCCGCCUCCUCCCUCGCCCCCGACGACGGCUUGCCGCGUCGUCUCGCGGACCCUGCCGCCAGCGGAAUCCGCGACACGUAACGCCACCGGGGACUCCUUGGUGCCGCGGUACCGUCGUCAUGUUCACGCUCGCGGUCUGUCGGGAGUCUGUGACAAAGCCGCGCGAUCCUCCACAAUCGUGGGAGCCUCGGGUGGCACCGAGCUUCCGCGUUACCGAGGGUAGCUUCGAUACCGGUGAUUAGCGAUAGAUAGAGCCUUAGACAGUAACAAGAGGGGGAGGAUGAUUAUAUCGUAGAGUCCGCGCUGUCACAGAACGGCGGUCUUUUCACGACCGCGAGUCUCAAAUUCGUCGCAUAUCGACGGGACCAAGGAACGUCGUCGAGGGGGCGGAGGAGGAGCUCGAGAAGAACGCGAGAGAGAGAGAGAGAGAGAGAGAGCGAGAGAAGCGCCUCGUAACGAAGUCAGUGCGCCCCCGCGAGCGCGCGGGGAGAUGCGAGAGGAGUAGAUAGGUAGAUAUGUAUAAGCGGUAGAUAGGUAGGCACAAGCGGCUGAUCUUACGGAAACGGCUACGGGGAAGGCGGCAAACCGGGAGGGUGAGGGAGAUGUGCAAGAUUCAAGGCUAUGAAACGUCACCGCCGGAGCGCGCGAUUCUUUGCUGCCGCCCACGAGAGCGUUUCUCCCCGUGAGUUUCCGGCGUCCCGGCCACGAAAGAAAAAAUAAACGACACUAGCUAGCCAGCCCUUCGAGGGCCGGUCGUCGUCGUCAUCAUUGAGCUUACAGAGAGAACGGACGUGUUUUGUGAGAUACAAAACUCGUCUCACGUCCCCACACUAUUUUAGCUACGUGACGCGGACGCUGUGUCGCCGCACAGCACUGGUUCCGAUCCUUUUAGAUUUUUUAAGGAACUUGAAGGAGAUUAAGAGAGAGAGAGGGAGGGAGAUGAUGUAUUCUGGCUCUCGAGAGAAGUUAACGUGGCGAAAGAGAGAGAGAGAGAGAGAGAGAGAAAGAAAGAAAGAAAGAAACAGAGAUGGAGUCACUCUCUAUCGGGACGUUGCGCGAUUCGUGAACGCGAGGCAUGGGUCUGACCAAGUCCAGUAUGCGUUAAUGUGAACUCUGAAGCAGCUACUAAAGUAAUUUCACUUGUACGAUACUUAAAUUAGCAGGGUGGUUGCGCCAAUGCGAGGCCGUUGCUCGGUACUUUUUUUGCGACGGUGUCCCUUUUGGCACCCUGUUUCACGGGCAGCUUUCUCUAGAAUCCACGAUGACCUGCCCCUCCCCCACGACAUAUCAACCCCUCGUCCUGAUCCUGGUUCUAGUGCUAGUUUUGUAGUUUAUCUUUAUCGAUCUCCGUGCCUUCGAGGACCCCGCGACGCGCGCACGCCUCGGACCGUCGCAUCGCGCAACGUCGACCGCGUUCCGGAGAAUCGCGAGUAGAGAGAGAGAGAGAGAGAGGCUCUCCUCCGGAACAGGCGGCGGAAACUCACCGCGGGAAAUGGCUCGUGCGUGUAACCAGCAAGCAACGGGCAUUAAAAGUUUUACAAUACAAACGAGCUUUACUCGCCGCCGCCGCCUCCCGCUCUCUCUCGGCUCUCCCGAGGCGAGGGAGAGAGAGAGAAACGGGAGGGCGCGAGUCGGCACACGGGGGCUCUCGUAAUAACGGAGGACCGGAAGAGGCUUUGCGUACCGUGUAAAAAAGAUGAAGUUUGUACAAUACGCAACCGACGCGCGCUCGUUGUUACACUUAUCAGAACGUGGUUCUGCGUUGUUCGACGGGCGAACAGUUGUCAAAACAGCGCUUGGCGACAAGAAGAGAGAGAUAUAGAGAGACAGGGAGUGACAACGUCGUGUGUAGUAAAUCCAAAUGAACGCAGCGAGAGAGGAGAAGAGAGGGGGUGAUAAAAUGAGAAAGAUAGAGAGAGAGAGAGAGAGAGAGAGAGAAUAUAUUUACUACCGCCUGACUAUAUUACGUUGCAGAGAGAGAAUCAAACACGCCGGCUGGUGCAGCGCGGCAAAUACAUUUCUGCGCGGCGCGUUCACGCGCGGAUGUGCACGUGUCUCAGUUCACCCGGGGACUUCUGGCCUCUGACACGCUCUUGGAGCGUUCCCCGACGACAACAGGUCUUCGACUUACCGAUCUGACGUUUUUGCGGUUCUCGGCAUUCGCGCAUGCGACACAAACACAGGGUACUCGAUACGGGAUCACACUCGCGAUGACCGUGCAGUCGUCGUCGCGCACAGCAAUAAUAAAGCAACUAAGCUGUCGAAGUGGCAGCUGGAGGUUCCAAGGGGAACAUGUUGAUUACGUGUAGUAUCUUAUAUAUUCGUUUAGUCGUCGAGGAAGAGAGAGAAAGAGAGAUAUAAAUAUAUAUGUAUGUAUACAUAUAUAUAUAGAACUUAUACAGAGUAGAUUCACGAUAUAUUCUGAUGUUCAUAUCAAAGGGAACUGAGGGGAAGGCGAAGAGAGUGCUAGAGGAGGAAGUGAGACGAAGAUGAGACGCACGCACACAUGCGCGCGUGAACGCGUACACGCGCGGUAUAAGUAAUAAGGGAACUACGUAGACUGAGUAAAUGCAAUAUGUAUAUGUAUCGAUGACCGUUCGCCAUGUUGUUGUUGAGCCGUUGUGUCACGAAAGGGUGAUGAUGACGAUGGUGGUGGUGGUGGUGGUGGUGGUGAUGGUGGUGGUGAUAGAGUGACGACAAGGGACAAAAAAGAGAUAGAUAAAGAGAGAGUGAGAAAGAGAGNAGAGAGAGAGAGAGAGAGAGAGAGAGAGAGAGAGAGAGAGAGAGAGUGCUGGGACGGAACGGGACGCGCAAUCUCGCGAAAGACUGCAGAGGGACGGUUUUAACGACACCAAAUACAAGAUAGUACUGACAUUGGAUAGACUGAAGGCACCUUAGUAGUAACUUAACGCCGCCGCCAUGUCGCGCCGCGCGCGUCGUACCGUCCGAUCGGCCGAGUCACUUCCGGCGAACGGAACGAAGGGGGCGGCGACGGGGACAGCUCGACGACUCGAGUCUUUAUCUGGGUGGGUUCUCUCCCCACCUGCUCUCUUGACCUUGCAUCUUAACCCUCUCCGACAAUGCAAUAGAAAUCUCUCAAGCUCAUAUUUCCGUUUCCGACGCCAGCCUCGUUUUUAACAUUAUCUUUCCCAUCGAAAGNCGA